AUGGCAUCCCAGCAGCAGCUGAAGAAGCAACAAGAGCUACAGACGACAUAUCAAAACUACAAGAUUGGCGACAUCGAGCAAGAGACAGAAGAGCACAAACUCGUAUUGGAGACGUUGCAACCAUUGUCAGGAGACCGGAAAUGCUUCCGUAUGAUCAACGGUGUCUUGACCGAGCGAACGGUCAAGGACGUUGUGCCGAUCCUGCAGACCAACUCCGAUGGUCUUAAGCAGGCUCUGGAAGAGCUAGUCAAGCAGUACAAGUUGAAGCAAGAUGAGAUGGAGAAGUGGAAGAAGAAGAACAAUGUCCAAGUUGUCCAACAGCCAGGGCAGUAG